UCCGCGUUUCAUUGGUUUGCUCAUAUCAAAAAUCCCCUUCGAUGGACCUGCUGUUGAAGAGGAAUUGAACAGAGAGACUCUCACCUUGCUGACAUCAUGCUUGGAAGGAAUGAUUCGCGAGGUUGCUUUGUUUGAAGGGGUCACAAAGGAAUGGAGUUUGGAUAUCAAUGGUUGGAUUGAGCGGAAAGCCACCCGAGGGUACACAGCUGAGAUGGCAAGGGUGGCUUCUGUUGGUUCGUUAGAAGAGGGGCUCGUGUUUCUGUGGGCAAUGGAACAGGUGCGUGAGCCUCGCAAUUACGUUGCUUGACACAGGCUCCCUAGGUAUUCCUCGAUGC